AUGACAAUCGCGAAAAUGCUUCGAGCAUCCGCUGUGAGGUGCACACCCCGGCCUAAGGUUCAAACAUCAUAUCCCUCCCCACGUCAGACACGCUGUCACUCGAUAUCGUCGUCUCAGCAGCAGCACGAGUUGGCCCUUCGCCAACCGUUUGGACAUGGCGCAAACGACGAGGUCGCGCGACUUGCAGCCAGCCGCCGACGCCCCUUGACUCUCGCAGAUCUACUCAAGCAUGGACGUCCACCUCUGUCGAAAGAUGCGCUGCUUGCGUCGGCGAAUUUCACCCUCUCUCUCCUCCCUGCAAGGCUAGCAUCUCGUAUCCAAGCGCUGCGGAACCUCCCCUUUAUCGUCGUUUCGAACCCUCACGUCUCGAAGAUAUACAACAACUACGUCCACUCCUUAUCGACUCUUCUUCCCUAUCAACAACGUCAGGUGACAACGCUAGAAGAGGAGACCAGAUUCGCAGAUGUACUGGCAGAUCUGGUGCAUACGCACACAAACACAAUCCCUAUCCUUGCGCGCGGGUUUCUCGAGUGUCGGAAGUACAUCAGCUCCGCAGAUGUGACUCGGUUCCUUGAUACCCAUCUGCGGGCACGGAUUGGCACUCGGUUAAUCGCAGAGCAACACCUGGCCCUUCAUUUUGCUUCGCAGCCAGCCACAGAUGGCGGAUCCCAGUCGCCUCAAACACCUGAGAACUCGGUUCCAUCAAACUACAUAGGCGUCAUUGACACGGCCCUCCAGCCGGCGCGCAUCGUCAAGCUGUGCGAGGACUUUGUGGGCGAAAUAUGUGAGCUGAAGUAUGGGGUGCGACCGCGGUUGAGGAUCGGAGGCCAGCCGGAUGCUACGUUUGCGCAUGUCCCCGUGCACGUGGAAUACAUCAUCACCGAACUAUUGAAGAACGCUUUUCGAGCGGUCAUCGAAUCGGGGAACGAGCGGGUCCCUAUCGAAGUCACGAUUGCAGCCGCGCCCGAUGUUCCUAGUCACGACGCGCACGACGUGUGGCGAAGAACACCUAACGCCCCAGGCAGUUACUCCGACUCGGACGUUGGGUUUGAGUUCGACACGGUCGUUGGCACGGCAGAUGCCAACGAAUCGAUCAAAUCGACAACUCCGUCGUCGCAGAGCAUCACCAUUAGAAUCCGGGAUAGAGGGGGCGGGAUCCCUCCCGAAGUAAUCUCCAACAUCUGGUCUUACAGCUUCACCACCUUCAAUGACUCCAGCAUGCGGGACUCGGAUAACGGGAACCUCGACGCGCUGAAUACCAUCUCCGCCAGUGGGGGGCAGCUGAGCAGCAUUGCCGGCCUUGGGUAUGGGCUACCGCUCAGCAGGGCGUACGCCGAGUACUUCGGUGGCAGUAUUGCUAUCCAAAGCCUGUGGGGAUGGGGGACCGAUGUCUAUCUGACUCUGCAGGGAGUUGGCAAGAUUGAAUGA